AUGCUGCAUGUGCUGCAAGCUGCAGACGCCACGAAGCAUCUUAACAAGGUGAUCUUGCGAAACGCAUCUGACUGGAGGCAGCUCCUGGAGCUGACAGACACCCUGGGGCAAAAUGGCACACCGCAUGCGCUGAAUGCAUGCACGUUGCUGCAUCGACUGGCCCGGGCUGUGGUGCGCGAAGGCAGGGGCCUCUCAGAGCGUGCCCGCCUGCUGCGUAGCUUCGACUCUUUCCACAAACUGCUGGGCAUGGUCUCCACGCUAGUUCCUGAUUUAAACAACAUGGAGUUGACCAACUGCUUGUGGGCGCUUGCAACACUGGAAGCAUCCGGCGAUGCGGAGGCGGCCCUUCUGACGCAACUCACGGCAGGGUGUGCAAAGUACCUGGAUAGUUUUGAGCCGCGAAAUCUGGCCCUAUCAGCAUGGGCGCUGGCGAAAGUUGGCUUCGUGGACAAGGCUUGGUGCCGUCUCUGGGCAGAUGAAGUGAUCAGGAAGCUCUCCAUCUUUGAGACCCGGGACAUGACUAACGUGAUCUGGGCCUUUGCCACUGUGCAUUGGCGGGAUGAGCACUUUUUGACGAGGUUCUGCAAGGAAGUCGAAAUCAAAGCGGAGCAUUAUUCGCCUCAAGACGUGGGAAAUACAUUAUGGUCCUUGGCUACUUUGUCUUGGAAAAACGAAGCUGCGCUUGCAGCAAUCAGCAAGCGGUGCUUUGAUACUGCAGUAUCAUUUGAUCAGCAAAACCUAUCGAUAUCACUUUGGAGUUAUGCUACUCUGGGCUACAAGACCAUGAAUCUCUUUCAUCACAUGACUCAACUCAUCACCGAGCGCAUCAAGACCUUUGCAUCUCAGGGCAUUGCAAACGUCGUCUGGGCGUUGGCAAAGUUCCACUUCCAGCAGAAGUGCUUAUUGAUGACGAUUGCGGAGGAAGCCCCGACGCGACUGGACGAGUUCGACCCACAGCACCUCUCUAUUUUAGCCUGGGCCUACGCGACUUUGGAAUUCCCCAACCGACCGCUUCUAUCUGCCAUCUGCCAAACAGCUAUACGAAAGAUGGACAGUUUCAACGCGCAGCACAUGGCGAACAUGACGUGGGCAAUGGCCACCUUGGCGCACAAGGACGAGCGAUACCUCCAAGUGCUGGCCAGCAAGGCUAUGGAGCAGGUCAGAAGCUUUAAUCCACAGGAGUGCUCAAAUCUUGUGUGGGCCUUUGCUUUGCUGACUUUUCGACAUGAGCCGCUCCUCAAGGCUUUGAGCUUCCGCUCCCAGGAAAUCGUGUCCGACUUCAUCCCACAAAAUUUGGGGAACACAGCCUGGGCAUACAAUCGAUUGGGCUACCGCGAUGAGACCUUGAUGGAAUGCUUGGUGAAGGAAGCAGCUGGAAGACUUAAGGAAUGCGCGGGUCAGGAGGUCUUGGAUUUAAUUGAGUCAAUAUCGACUGGUGGCUACGAGGAUGCAGUGGCAGGACCUGAAUGGAGUUUGCUGCUGCACUGGGCAGGGCAGAAGUACGAAUCUGUACAUGAUUUCGUCAAAGUCUCCAGCCAGAUGCCGCUUGGUCUCCGCAAGCUAUCGGACUUUGAUAAGGCUCUGGCUGUUCAGGACUAUCGGGACCACAUGGCAAGCUUCAGCUUGGUGGGCCUGGGUUUCACGUAUACAUCUAAACUGCUGCUCGAGAUGGGUGUCAUCUUGCUGGAGGGUUCUCAGCGCGAGCAAUGGCAGAAGCAGUCAAGGGAGGCUGCUUCUCGCAUAACUGGAACCGGUAAUGAAUCUGAUGUGACAAAGAACGCUGAGGCACAGGAAGGCCUGAAAGUUUGUCGCACGGUAUGUGUAUACCGCUACAACCUGCUUUCAGUGACCGGGCAGCGCUGCAUGGUAGAGCCGACGGCUGUGACUAGCGGACCGGCCUGCGAAGCUUUUGAGCUUGGCCUUUUCGCUGCCAUCUUGAGACAUCCGCGCGGCGGAGACGGCGAAUUUCAGGCACUUCAGGCGUGUGCACGUGCAUGCUUGCAGGAGUUGGGCUGCAAUCCGAUUGGGGCCCCUCCGUUGGACGGAUCUGCAAUUGAGGGUGAACUCUGGCUUCAUGUCUCUGAAGUCCCCUGCCUGUCUUGCGUGGGGGCCAUUGCACAGUUUCGACAUAUAUUUCCAGACAUCAAGAUCCACAUUUCGUUCAACCUCGGACGGCAACCAUCACAAGAUGGUACCUCGUCAGCGUCACCACAGGCCAACAGUAGCGGGUCAGUUGUAAUGCAUGGUCCCCGAGAUGCUACGUUUAGGUCAGCUGCUAGGCUGCAAGUAUUUUCCCCUGACAAGGGGAGUGCUGGCUCCGUUCAUCCCACGCGACGAGACGUUUGA